AUGAAGCUCUUCGAUCUCAGAAACACGAAGCAAGCGCUCUUUGUUAGGGACAACUUGCCGGCGCGUUAUGACGGAACUAAAAUUGCGUUCUCGCCGAAUGACAAAAUCAUCUGUGUUGGAACUUCCGGCGAGAGAGUCAAAAAGGGCGUUCAAAAGCCCGGGGAGUUGAAGUUUUUCUUGAGAGACGACAUGUCCGAAGUCAAAUCUGUUCCGUUGCAAUCGGGAUCGGCAAUCGGAAUUUUAUGGCAUCACAGAAUCAAUCAAAUUAUCUAUGGAACGUCCGAUGGAAAAGCUUGCGUCUACUUCGAUGAAAAAGUGUCUCAUAGAGGGGCGAAGCUAUGUGUUUCGAAGCGAAAGAAAGCUGCAGAAUUCGUGGAAAUGGACGCCAAUGUCCACGUCGUCGUUCCUUUCCAACCAAAGAACUUCAGGGAGCCGAAACCAUCUUCCAAAGAAACUCAAUUUGUCAAGGCGAGGAAAAAUGCUCAAGCUUCUCAUGCGCCAGAAGCACCGCUCAAUCCUACAAUGGCUGGUCAGCUCGGUCGACUCAAUGCUCCAAAUGGGACGCUGCACAAGUUUAUCGCCAAAGAGAUUGCAAUGAAAACCUCAGAUGACGAUCCAACUUUGAUUCGUCAGAAGAUUCUCAGACACGCCUACAAAGCUGAAGAAGAAGGCAACCUUAUCAACGCUGCUUAUUCACAAACACAGCCUGUCAACGUUCUAGCGGAGCACAAAACGCUGGAAGACGAAGAUGCAGAGUUCAACCAGCCUAUGUGGAAACGAAUGAAAUAUCAAGACGACAAGAAGAAGGGCAAAAUCGUCGUCGAUGAAGAAAAACUUGUCUGA